UUCUCAUAUUUAGCAUUUCAGUUUUAACAUCUCCUUCAUAAAUAAGCAAUAAAAAUUUCGUCACAUACAUGAAAUAUAAAAAAUAAUGUGUAGUAUGCUAUCGAUAAAACUGCACUAUCUAUCGAUUUUUAACAACAACAACACUUUUUUAGCAGCUGUUUACAUUCAAAUCUAUUGGCGCAAUUCCGCAACAAAUGCAAUCCACUAUUUUUAUCCAAUUUGAUUUUAAAUAAAAAUAUUGCAUGUUUUAUUUGCUAAAGUAAUGGUUAGAGUACGAGGUGUGAAGUGUGCCAUAUCAUCUGAUGGGCACUUACUUAAAGGCGACGGCGUUCUUAUCACCAAUCCAAAGCAUGUGGAAUUUGUGCGCAAACGUAGAAAGGACUUUCGUCCAGAAUAUCGUGUGUGCGGAGAAUGUGCAAAAGUACUUACACAUUUGUAUAAUAUGAAAUUAAAGAGCGCUAUAGAGAAAAAGCAAAGUCACUCACUAACUGUGUCCUCUUCGUCGUCAGUGGAUGACUUUGACCGCAUUGUAUAUAAAACACCACGUACAAAACAUCUUCGCGAUUUUGUUAAGCAAAGUGCACCAUACAAUUUGGGUGGACGUUCACAGGAAUUAAGUGAUAGUAUUGAAAAAGAAAAUUAUGCUAACAACGGAAAUGCUGGGAACACAAGCAACGAUUCAUCAACACAUUCGCUAGUGGUUAGUGAUGAUAGCAGUGUAAAUUCCAUAACUAAUGUUAGUUUAGGAAAUGUGCCAUCGCCCGGUGCCCACGAAGUUGUAUCAGACAUAACCGAUAAUUCACAGCAAUUGUCACAAGAUAUAAGGCCAAUAGCCAAUGCUUCAACGACUGCGACAAAUGAAGUAAGGAGUGUAGAAAAUAAUAAAGGAGGAAAACAUGUAGCUGUAAAUUUACCAGCGCCUAUUGCAAACAAUCGGGCUGCAUUAGUUUCAGAAAAUUUAUCUACAAGCAGCGAUGAUGACUUUGACAAUUUCCUACCAAGUUUGAAUGCAGUUAAUGGUACGCGUUUACCUCAUAUACAACCAAUACCGAAACGCAGGCACUUUCAGCACGCCAUACCAACGGUGCAGGAAAUCUAUAUGCAAGGUAUCACCGGCGGUUAGAUUGGACAACGGAGGUCUUCGGUAAAAUUAAUAUAUACAUAAUAUUUUAGGCAAAUUGUUUGUAUUUAUACUGAUGUUCAAAAUUUUAAAUUUUUAAUAGAUAUUUAAGUUAAAAAGUUGUUAAUGUGAAUCAUAUAUAUUAUAUUUAGGCUUCUAUGUGCAGUUUUUAUGGUAAUAAUUGUGUGUACCAAUAAAAUUACUCUUGAUUGUAUAUGUAUUUUAGCAACAGGCUCGCUUAUUUCAAUAAAAAUUGUAACAAUAAAAACGAAA